AUGUUCGCCAAGAAGCUCGCUGUUGUGAUUGUUUCCCUCGCCGCCACGGUAGCUGUGGCCGCAGUGCCGCCUUACUUCCAGUGUGGAGGCAAGAACUGGGAAGGAGAGACUGAGUGUCAGACAGGAUGGAAAUGCGUCGAGCAAAACGAGUGGUACUUUCAGUGUGUCCAGGACGACGGCGACUACUGUUAG